CAUUUUAUUGUGCCCCACCAAAAAGGUACCUCGUGAGCAUGUAAACUCCCGCCAAUUUGCACCAAUGGUGAAGCCGAAGCGGUCUGGAUCGUGAGAUUCGUGGCCAUGUGACCUGUUCUGCCCAAUGCCGGGGUCGUAGCUGCCCUUGCACCGCUGACCGCCUGCCAUUUUCAGACAGCUAGCCUUGGAUCCGAGCGCCGGACAGCUGAUGAUUGGCCUGACCAUGGGACCCUGAGUCUUGCAACUCCAACUUCAUCCCGCACAAGCGCGUGUGUGUUGUGUGUGUGUCUUCCUUCACGAUAUCCCUCGGUCCAAUUUCUCCGCCGACUUGGAGGACUAGUCCAACCCCCCGCAUUUCUUGCGUCGGCGUCCACUUGCAACAAUGUCCUUCUGGGGCAGCGAAAAGGCAAAAGCCGUUCCUCCGCACCUCGCACCGCCCGUCCCUCGCUCAGGCCCCGAAAUCGAUGCCACGACGGUGAUUUCACUGUUCGCUGUGCUUGCACUCCUUGGCAGCGCGUAUGCCACUUCGCUCAAGGUCCUGCCCUCCACGGCAUCGUUGAAGAUACGCAUCUUAUUCAUCUGGCACCUGUUCGACGCGCUUAUCCACUUCGUCUUCGAAGGCUCCUUCCUCUGGAACUGCUUCUUCGUCACGUACUCGCUGCCCACGUCCUUCUCGGCCGCGAGCAGGAAACAUCCGCACAUCACCCUCUUUACGCCGCCCGAUGUAUACUGGCUUGGAAGGGAGGACUUGUUGUACGGGGCCAAUUAUGGGACGAGUCCGCUGAGCAGGUUGUGGCAGGAAUACGCAAAGGCGGACAAGCGGUGGGGAGGCGUCGAUCUGACUGUCGUCUGUCUGGAGAUUUUGACCGUGUUUGUAGCCGGCCCGCUGGCGUGCUGGAUCUGCUAUCAACUCACCAAAGAGGAGCGGAAGGGCAUAUUGAAAAAGUACUUUUGGAUGGUCGUGCUGGCUACGGCGGAGAUAUAUGGAGGCUGGAUGACUUUCGCCCCUGAAUGGGUAACAGGCAGCCCGAACCUCGACACGUCGAAUUGGAUGUAUCUCUGGCUCUACCUCGUCUUCUUCAACGGCCUCUGGAUCGUCUUCCCCGUCUGGAUCUUGUGGGAAGCAUACCAAGCCAUGAGCUCCGCGAUGUCGCAGGCCGAAAUGGUCGACCUUGUCAAUUAUCUCAAAAAGGAUGAUUGAUCGCGUCAGCACCUAGAUCAGCAUACUACCUUCGUGUGUAAGAGGGAAACAUAGAGGGGUGGAAAGGGUUCGACAUGGCAAAAGCAUAAUUUGCACGCAUAUAAGCGC